GGCAGAACCCCUACACUAAUUGGCUAACCUUCCAAUGAAAGUUUCUCGAGCGUUUUGAUCACAUCGCACCUGGACAGUGCCUUCGUCUGAUAAAAGAAUAUACGCAGCAGCCUCGGGAAACCUUGGCCAGAUAUGCAGAGCGUUUUACUUACUUAGCCGAACGUUCCGGGGUCGAUGAAAAGAUGGUGCGGACUGAUUUCGUUAGGGGACUGUCCGAUUCUCGCUUGCGGAAGAAGAUCCGCAAGAAAUGCAAUCCGAUAGAACAUACCCUGACUGAGCUCAUUCAGUAUGCCAUUAAAUAUGGGAAGGAAAAUUACAAUGUAGGUCUGGAUUCGGAGUCCGACGAAGACGACCCUUCAGGUGUCCGACGCCAUAGCUACUCCGCUACGGCGCGAAUGUUCGACGAUCGCUUCGGGUUAGGACCGACAAAGAAGAGUUCGGAUCGGAAAAGUUCGUCUUCCGCGUUGACCUCCCGACGCUCUGGUCAAGCUCAAGGAGGCCGGGACGAGGACGAAAUAUCAAUGAAAGAGGUCACGGCCCAGCUGGUCACGGUAGUGGCCCCGCUGAAGGAAUUCGUUCAAAAAUUGCAGCGGCAACGGGUGGCAGCUGCGCAACGACAGCAAACUGCCAUGACCGCUGGUACCCCUAUGACCCGACCAGCCGCAGAAGGAGUCGCCCAGCCUCUGCGGUGCUACAACUGCAAUCAGCCGGGCCACCUUGCGAAAGACCGUCCGAGACCUCGAACUCAGAAUGCGCCCGCGGGGCCCACCGGACCUUCCCAAAUCCCGUUAGCUGCUCCAACCACUGCAGGACAAGGGAGGGUGGUCACGGUGAUGGAUACUGGAACAACGGAAAUGGUGACCCCUGCGGCCACUGAGAUAGGACCAGAUGAGUAUAUGGUUGUGGCGAUGUUGGAACCCGGGACCAUUGGAGUGAUACGUCACGUCCAAAGGAUUACCGAGGAAAACGACCUCGGGCCUUGGCGGCCGGGGUUCGAAGAUCUCACGGCCCCUGGCCCUGAGUACAAAGACGGUCACACCGAUGUGUUGGAUGCCUUGAAGGCUCUGGAUCUACUGAUCCCCGUCCCUAUUCCCUAUCUGCUAACCAUUUUCGAAGCGGCUAACGAAAAGUUGAUCGAACGAUGCCUCAAGAACAGGCGCCGGUUCCAGGAAAGUCGAAAGGGCAAAAAGUCGGUCCUACGAGACCUACCCACAAACGAAGAGUCACAGCCCUCGACCUCAAAGGUGCACGAAGCAAACCGGGUAGGAAUGAUCCAGACCGUAGAUCCCACCUCGGAAAAACCUGAGGCGUAUGAUGUUCUGCUAGGCAUUCCGUGGCAGGCGGCGGUCGGAGCGCGAAUGCACUUUGACAGCUGUAAGGUGGUGCUCACAUCGGCCCACCCCAAACCACAAAAGAUACUGAUGAGAUUAGCGUGGAUCCGGUGUCCCAUGGGAAUUUGCAACGCCCCUGCAAUGUUCCGAAGGGCCAUGAAUAUGGCCUUCGCCAAGUUCGUUAACAAAACCCGUUUGAUACAACCGUUGAUAAAUUUUUGUGUGAUUGUGUACAUGGAUGACAUUUUGGUCUUUUCCAAAACAUACGAAUACCAUGUGGAACAUAUCGAAUGGGUGCUGCAUGCGUUGAAAGAUGCGGGUUUCAAAGUGGCUCUGGAGAAAAGCGAGUUUUUUCUGCCUGAAAUUUCCUUUUUGGGGUACAUCGUCACGGUCGAGGGACUGAAACCUGAUCCCAGGAAGGUAGCAGCGGUCCGAGAAGCCCCGGCCCCGGUCACGCUCACUCAGGUUCGAGCCUUCCUAGGGCUAGCUUCUUAUUAUCGACGCUUCAUUCGGGGCUUUGCCUGCCUCGCCAAGCCGCUGACGAACCUGCUGAAGAAGGAGGAACAGCUGGUCUGGAUGCCGGAAUGUGAGGCGGCUUUUCAGUCGCUCAAGGAGGCUCUGACAUCGGCGCCCGUUUUGGCGCGUCCCGAUCCGACAAGACAGUUUGCGCUACAUACCGACUGGCAGUCGCAGGCGAUAUCGACGGUGCUGACUCAGCAAGGAACGGAUGGAAGGGAGCAUGUCAUCGAGUAUGCAUCGAAAACGCUAAGCCAGGCGCAGUCAAACUACGAGGCGUGCAAGGGUGAGUGCUUGGCGGUGGUGUGGGGGGUUCAGCACUUUCGAUCGUAUCUGUACGGCCAGAAGUUCGUGCUCGUGACGGGUCAUCAGCCAUUGCUGUCGUUGCGGAACAACACGGACUACACGGGUACCUUGGGAACGUGGAUGGUGAGAUUGCAGGACUACGAUUUCGACAUCCGCCACCUCGCCACCAGGCAGCAUGGGAACGCUGACGGUCUGACGCGCCUCCAGCCGCCGAACAAGAGUCCCGCGAACGAAAGGCUCAUCCCGUGGAAGCCGAUUUCGCCUUCGACGGGACCCGGCUACGGGGAAGUGAAUGUCCUCCGCAAGGGUACUGCAGCAAUCGGAGAUGGCGACCUUCCCUGAGGAGGCCGCCACCCCUUCUCCCCUUCCCUAUUCUUUAACCCCCUCUCCUAAUCCUGACUCUCCUCCGAG